AUGGGAGCGCAAAGCAGCUUCCUGGAACAUGGCGGCGCUGCAGGCGCUAGCCCUGUACCACCAGGGGAAGAGGCGAACUUGGCCGGCCCCCUUCACACGCACGCAAGGCCGCCCCUCCGGCCGAGUCAGGAGGAGCUCGGCGCGCUGUCGCUGGCAGCCCACGCCCGGGUGAGAGCCCGGGACGAUGCAAAGAUGUCCCAGCUGCAAGUCAUGGAGGCACUGCGGAGCGUCUCCCAGGCGCAGGACGCCGCUGAGAAGGCCGUGCUAUCUGCCAGGAAGGCACAGGAGAUCCGUUCCAGCGUCCAGGAGGUCCGAAACGAAUCCGACCGAGCUUACCUCGGUCUCGGCAUCCCAAAGAUUGGCAAGCCCUUCGAUGCCACGAAGGUGUGA